AUGGCUCUAUUCACCAUGUGUCGCUACGGCCUCUACAAUGUUCUGCAUGACUGGUGGCACAAGGGCAGUAUCACCGAAGACAUGGCGCUUUCGAAAUGCUCGGGCAGCUGUAAUGCACUUGGGCUUGCCGCCAUGGCCGAGUCUGUGCCGAUUUGCAGGGUUCUAUUGCGCGUUAUGGACAUCAACAAUCCUCUUGCCGAAGGGCAUUACAGGGCGAUGAAGAUCGCGAUAGGUCUAGGCAACAAGGACAUUGUUUCGCUGCUGGUGUCAGAGGGUAAAGUCGACCUCAACGUCGACGUCAAAGAUUACUUCAUGAGGUCUACUCCGGUUCAGUGGAUGGUCAUGCAGAACCUCUAUCUGCUACCGUGGGCUUUGGACCAAGGCUGGGUGGACGUGAACAGGGAAGCUGGUAGCAGCUAUGGCAAUGCGCUGAUCGCAGCGGUAUGCAGAGGCAAGCCCCAAGCGGUCCGAAUUCUGCUCGAUGACGGGGCCGAUGCGAAUGCCGCCGUGGAGUGCGGCAACUACGGAAGUGCUCUUGUCGCUGCUGCUACAAGGGUCGACGAUAGCCAGCUUGAAAUCAUGCAACUGCUUGUCGACUAUGGUGCAGAUGCCGAGCUGCCCCUGAAGAGCGGUCGAUACGGUAGCCCUCUGGAGGCGCUGUUUGCUUUCUUCCCGGCGACGGAGCAUAUGCGGAAAGGCAUCAGCGAGGCGCUGGAGUUCCUGCUCAAGGCCGGUGCGGAUCCUGCCGCGACGCUUGACGUGGGCCGUCACGGCAGUGCUCUGGCGGCCGCCGCAUGGCUCGGUCACAAGGACUUGCUGGCUCUGAUGGUUGAUGUAGUGGGGAGGGAGCGGGCAGUCGAGUGUCUUCGGCGGAGCAGGCAUCCAGAGUCGGAGAACUUUUUCAAUGAAGAGGGCUGGGAAUCUUGGAAGCAGCGGGCGAAGGAGACGAUAGCAUAUCUGAGAGACGAUGUGGGAGUGGACGAGGAGAUUCUGUUCAAGGUUGGGCUGUGGCCUGCUUCUCAUAUCAACCAGGUUCAAACAUGA